UAAAGGGCACUCCGACUGUAAAGCGAGGAGAAAUGGUUCUUGUGUUUAUUUCUUAGAUUUGUUUUGAUUGCGGGAUAUAGUCGUGUUUUCAUGUCUAGGGUUAAGUCAAUGAGCCGGUCGCCAGCUGAAAUAUGCGCAGACUGCACGGCAUUCGACCCUACAUGGGCGUCUAUAAAUCGCGGGGUACUGAUAUGCGACGAAUGCUGCAGCGUUCAUCGCAGUCUUGGUCGGCACAUUUCUCAGGUGCGAUCGUUGAAGAAAGGACAUUGGAGUCCUACCCUGUACAGUGCUGUUCAGCAGUUGGCUAACAGUGGUGCUAACAACAUCUGGGAACAUGCCCUGCUAGACCCCACCCAUGGCAGGCCUAUUAAACGGAAACCCACUCCCAGAGACCCUGUACACCCCAAUAAAUCAGAUUUUAUUCGCAAGAAAUACCAUUUCUUAGCAUUUGUGAACAAACAUAACAAAGACCUGGAACAUAACUCAGUAGAAGACCUUAGUAUGCAAUUGCACUCUAGUGUGAGGACAGGAAAUCUAGAAACGUGUAUGAGACUGCUGUCUAAAGGGGCGGACCCCAACUAUUUCCACCCAGAGAAGCGGAAUUGUCCUAUCCACGUGGCGGCGCAGGCUGGUCAAGCUCUCCAGGUUGAGCUGCUGGUCGUCUAUGGAGCUGACCCAGGGGUUGUGGACAACUCUCAUAAAACACCCGCCGAUUAUGCCCGAGCUGAAGGUUAUUUGGAUUUGGCCCUGCGAUUGAUAGAGUGUCAAUACGAACUCACAGACAGACUUGCAUACUUCUUAUGUAAUAAAACACCAGAUCAUAGAGGUGGGCAACAUUUCAUAAUACCUGAAAUGGCUGACAGUCAUUUGGAUUUGUCAGAAUUAGCCAAACAAGCAAAGAAAAAACUGCAAGCGCUUCCUAACCAUUUAUUUGAGGAGCUGGCAAAAGAUGUUUAUGACGAAGUGGACAGAAGAGAAAAUGAUGCUCAUUGGAAUGCAUGCCAUGACCAAAGUAUUUUGACUGAACGACAAAUGGUGGCAUUUUUGCCAGUCAAUCCAGAAUUUUCCACAACAAGAAAUCAGGGACGACAAAAAUUGGCACGGCUGAAUGCCAGAGAAUUUGCUACCCUUAUUAUAGACAUUCUGAUUGAUGCCAAGAGAAGACAGCUUGGGGUUGUCUCCCCUGUUCACACUCCCAAAGUUCUUAAAGCGGACACAGCGAUGUCAGUAGGUGACCUGAGACGGCCUCCACGUUCCACCAGUCCCCUGGAGGAUGACCCUAUUUAUGACACAGUUCCCGAUGAUGACGACAACAGUAGCAUAGACACACAGAGCAUUAAGAGCCUUCGGGACGACAUGAAGAAAGAUAGACCCUCAGAUAGUAUGGAGUUGAUUGAAUACCCAGAGGAGCCAGUGCCACCUGAACAGUAUGUGACGCUUCAGAAGAAGCUGAUGCGUUCAGAGUCCCAAGUGCGUGAGCUGCGGGAAGAAAUCCUCCUCCUGCAGAAUAUGGUUCAGCAACUACAGAGUGAAAACCAGUCGUUGAGGGAAGACAAAUGCAGCAGUCAUGGGAGCACGGGGUCCUCUGACCCAUCUAAUACGCCAGGCAGCAUCCCCAAUGGACAUCAGGGAGAGAUUGUCACCCCAGAAACCAACAGACUGAGCUCGCCUGCACAGCGGCUGGACCGAUCGCGAGCGCGACCUCAGUCUAUGGUUGAGCCGAGGAAUCAACACAAACAGUCACCUUGGCAAGUGGGCCAGUGCAAUGACAAAAAAGUGGUAUCUGCUGUGUCAGAAGUUAACAUCAGGAAUGUUGCUGACAGAUCAGGGGCAACGAGUUUUCGUCAGAACCCUGUGGGCCACCCCCCUGAGCUCAAUACUCACCUGGAGGAAGGGGAGGAGAGAAGGUCGCUGGUGCGAGGUGGAAGCACAGGGGAUGUAAGAGCCAUUGGAAUAGCCCCCAGAGCCGAAGGGGGCCAAGAUCCAAAUCUUCCAUCUCAGGAUGAUAUGAAAAUGAAGACAGAAAAAAUCAGCCGGAAAAUUCGAGAGUUAAUGCAGCUAGCUCAGGAGGGGCGUCAUGACAGUUUUGGACCCUGUGCUGAUCACAUAUUAGAGGCUGUCACAGAUACCGUGCAGUUAUUUCCUAAGGUGAGGAUGCCAUCGGAGAUAACAGUUGCCAUUGAGUCUCUAACAGCUAAUGCCAAAUUGCUGCAGACGGAGUGCUUAGAUUUCCACAGCUCUAAUGCCUUCUCAGAGCUCGAGCUACAGAACAAAACUAAAUACGUCAUCCAGCAUGCAUACGAUGUAGCAAAGGCUGCUCGCGAAUUGGUGGCCAUUUUGAACUGACUGAUCUGUGCCAAAACAUAGCAUAAGCAAGGACAUGUUUGGACAAUCAUACCUUUUCGCACAUGUUUAGCUGUUGUCUGUCUACCCACCUACGUGCUUCACUUUCCCACAUCUGCUCUGCUGUGACGGUUCAUCUUUUUUUUUUGUUAUGGCCUUUACAAACUGCAUGCUGGUAGUGCAUGGGCCAUGGCAGUAUUCAGACCAGUGUUUAUGAACAAGAAUAAGGUGUGGCUGUGAUGGAAGGGAAACCAGAUCCAAAGAAGGCCAAAAAAUUGAACAAAUUGCUAACCUGAAACGAUCAUGGCUGUAGCAUGUUUGCUGGCAAAUGCUCUGGUUUCAUUGACCUCUACUGAACUGGAAGAGUGACUGGCUCUGAUUCAGCCUUUGACUUCUUGCUUUAAAGAAAUCAUAAUCAAGUCUGGUGUUAUUUUGUGGAAAUAAGUCAGUCUGUGGAAGACGACUUAUCCUGAUUGCUGACUUAAGUUUGACGUUUAAUUAAGUCUUUGGAAAUGACCCAGUACUGGAUGAAACCUUUGUUCAACUGUGGACUUCAGUAUGAGGCAUGUCUCAGUGUGUUCAAGAAAAUUAUGCUGACUUAAUUCUGAUGUUACAUGUCAUUGCAGACAUUGUACAUGACAUAUUCAUAUUUGUUCACAACUAAAACUUGACAUCAGAAUUGUGAGAAGAGCUGAUUUCUUGCGAAAACAUUUAUGAUAUCUGUACUUUUUUACCUCCAUAAUUGGGUGUACUAGGCAUUUUGAGGAUAGUGACCAGUAGUUGUACCCCAACCCCAGUACUGCAUGUUGAUGAAGCCGUUAGUUUUCUGAAUGAUGCUAAAGUGAUACAUGUGUUUCUACAGGAGACAAGACGUAUAAUCCAUGCACACUCGCACUCUUAUUGUAACAGAAAGCCAAACAUGGUCAUUGUGUAUAUUCUUUAUUUAACAUGGCAUGAAAGUUUACUAAAGACGUAGUGCAUGGAAUCGUUCUGUAGUUGUAGUGCAUGGAAUUUCAGUGUAGAAGAAUGUAUCUAGCUGUGUAUAGCACUCAAAGUUAUUUGUUGUGGAAUGGUAAAACAUGAACCAGGUAUUCCAGGAAGUACAGGUAAAUUUUGGAACAUUGUGUUAGCUUCACCACAUCUUCACAUCUUCUAUUCAGGAGCCAUUGAACAAAAUCCUGAACAGUGUCAUAACGAAAAAGAAAAAACACUAUUGAGUUUUUUUUGCGCAGUCAAAGACUGAUGGUUGAUGGAAAUUGACUUUUUGAGGAAAAUGAUGUCUGAAGAAUGCCUUUUUGAAAACAAAAAUUUAGUUACCCAUAAAUUUUACGUAAAUGAUCGCCAGCUUCUUGGACGCCCAUUUUCACUGAUUUCAAAUUUCGAGACUUUUGCGGUGAAUGACUUAGUUCUAAUAAUGUUGCACAAUAUACAACCUUCGGUCAUUUCCACAAAAAACAAAACAAAACAAAGAAAAAAUAAUAACAGUUUGCGACAUUUGUGAAAGUGGCCCCAGAUAAUUGAAGAUAUGGCCAAUGUUUUUUUGAAUGGUUCAAUUUUGCUCGGCACCUUUGGUGUCAGUAACAACGCCUUUUAACAAUUAAAGGGCGCCUUUGUAAUAGGUCUUUUGCCAAUACCAAUCACUUCAGCAGUGAAGAUAUCACAUGUGGGUAUGGAAAACAUUUCACUUGCCUCCCCACUGUAAUGGCUUCUUAUUUUUACUUAUUAAAAGACAUGGUAUUUACAUUUUAAAUAAGUCCUUUUUGAAGUUAAAAUUUGGUAUAAAUGGACUCUUGUUUUUUUUUGCUCUGUCAGCAAAAUCGGCUGCUUUCCAGAUAAGCCAAAAUGUUGAUAGAUUUCAGCAGUUUCAUCAGACAGAGGGUCCUGCGGAUAUGGUGUUGAAGACGACUCGGUUUGGUUAAAACCAAAAUGCUUAUGACUGAGGCAUUUUCAUGCAUAAAAUAUAGAUAUAUAGUAGUGCCAAAAAUUUGCUUUGAAAACACUUGCACACAUUUGUAAACAUCUCCACGUCAGCUAAUUUGUACUGGUCCUUACUGGCUUGCCGCGGUCUAGGCAACCCAGUGUUGGCAGCCCAUUGCAGGAAACCUAAAAUACAGGCUGUCUUGCGCAUCCGUUUGUUUUAUACAAGCAGUAUGUAGAGUAAAUUUUAUCGCUAUGGUCAAAGUCAGUCAGUUGAACUACACUUAGAAAAAUUUGGGCCAACAGACUAAAAAAUCUGAGUUAUACAAUUGAGCUAAUUCAACUCAGCUGAGUCAUUUUACCGGAUCAGCUGAAUCCGACUCCUGUGAGUUUUCCGACUAAGCAAGUAGUCAACAAUAAUAUAACCAGAUAAGUUUUAUGACUCAACUGUUAUGACUCAGACGCAGAUCUGACCAUAUGAAUUAGCUCAAUUGUUUAACCCAGAUUUUUGUCCAAUGCACAUUAUUUGCAGAAAGAAAAGACAAAUUGUUUGCUUACAACAGCUUGAGGAAAAAAUGUUUACUAAACCUAAUAAGAAGCUUUACGACCUGCACUAGUAGAACAUAUACGGUUCAUAAGGUUGUAUAGUCUUAUGAUGUCUCAAUCCAACAAUGUUAUGAAUCGAAUCCAGCUCUUGUUGGUGUAGUCGCAGGUUUAAAGAGGCUGAAACGGAGAUAUAUGGCUAAAAAACCGUACCCGCUCAUCGGAUCUGAUUUCCUCUAUUUUCCAAGAAGAGCUGAAAUUAUUGUCAUUCGGAAAAUAUCAAUCUCGGACCAGUACAAUUUAUAUAGCGUUAACAUGAUUCUAAAGUUUUACGAUGUUAAUUAAUGAUUUUGAAGGUUAACACUUGACACAAGAGACUGAUAUUUUGUGAAAUUUAAUUUUUUGGGCUAGUCAAAAAAAAAAAAGCGAAAAAUCGGUUGGAUUUACGUUGAGUGUGUUUUGCCAAAAUUUUCCGUUACAUUCUCUUUAAAUAACGCGGAAUGUCAGGUAAAUGGCUCGAGACGACAUGGUUUCCUCUGGGCACUCCGGUAUCUCCUCUCUUCACACACACGUGCGUACGAGAGUGACUAUGUAAGUGAAAAAUACCAGAGCACGGCGUUAAAAUAUCGGUCAUACAUACAGGAAUAUAGAUACAGAUUAUAACGAGGUGUAGCGUAAGUGGGGCCUUAAUUACCUUAAUAAAGAUUCUACCUGCCCAUUCAUUGUUUAUGUAAUACCAAACUGCAUGUAUAUCGUAGCUAGUCACUUUUCACCGCAUGCUGUGUCAACCGUGUGGAUCGAGUUCCUUCGCUUGUAUCGUCACAUCUGUUCUCCCUGUCCUGUAGGAUGGCCCUUAAAAGGGCUUGUACAAGUUUCUAAUAAAUAAAAUAUCUAAAAAAAAAAAAUAUCGUGGCAAACUGCUCCAAAAAA